UCUGAAAGCCGUCGACGAGCCGAUUCUGCAAGCGGACACCCGCGUAGAUUUCUUAAAUAUAGCCACACGGAAAAGAAUACCGUAAACCAUGGAGAGGUAGCGUGACCGCCGAUUAGGAAGUGAUUGAAUUCAAACCCACGGGUGAUCGCAGCUCUUUCGGCAGGAAGGGGAGGAGCAAACGAAUGCGUGCUUGGUGCUGCCUCGUGGUAGAGAAUUGAUAAGGGUGGUGUGGGCAACGAUCAUGGAAGAUGAAGACGAUCCUGUCGUGGAAGAGAUUCCCGUGCACCUGUCGAAGACACUUGCCGACAAUCUGUACCUGCUGCAGUAUCCGGUGAAAUCGGCGUCCACAACCAUUGAUGAUGGACGAGUUGUAAACUGUUGCGUCAAGCCCAUCAAUCAGCAGAUUAAGAUAGACUACGCCUUGGAUACUGCUUCAUCCAACUAUGACGCCUUCAAGGGUGAACAGUUGGCACUGGCUGCCGAUGGAAAGCAUCGAGAUAAAAACCAAAAGCCAACCUUCCGUACUGGCACGAUGGACAAGCAGUCCUUUCUCAGCACAAAACCGAUCGAGGACGUUAGCCGCUAUAUGGUGUGUGUGCUGCAGGAGGGUGAGAUACAUGCCACCCCGCUCAAGGGGAUCGUGGCCAUGCGGCAAAUGUUCUCAUACUUCGACAAGCAGGAUCAGCGAACCAAGGCCGAACAGAAGGCUGAACAGGACGCCGACGGUGGUGGCGAAGAGGAAGAGCUGACCCAGGUUACGGUAAAAUUUGCUCGGCCCGAGAACGAGAAGCUGCGAAAGGCGCGCGAGAAGUCCUUCAACUAUCUUUCGAAGAUCGAAGCGGAAGAGCCCUGGUGUGAGACGUUCUGGCACGACAAGCAAUCGUCGGCGGCCGAACACGAACGUCAGAAGCUGUUCUGUGGUGCCACUGGUACCGGGCGUGGUGGUCCUAGCGCUGAAGUGGCUGCCCUCAAUGUACGGCCGGUCGAGUACAUGGAUUUGCUGAUUAGCAAGGAGAAAACGGACCGCAACAUCGAUUCUCUGCUCCCGAGCCGAGUCGUCUGUUUGCAUAAACUCAAGCAACUCACUCUGAUCGAGCAGUUGAAAGUGAUUCUUGCGGAUGCUAAGGUGAUCACGUUCUCGCAAAUACUGGAGUUACUACCGGAUCGAAGCAUAUCGUCCGAGAAAGUGCUACGGUUGUUGCCGCAGGUCGGUUGGUUGAUCCGGGGCAACUGGGUCGCGCAAUCGGAGUUCAUCUACCCGGAGGGUAGCGUCUCUGGUACGAAUGGGAUACCGGCCGAACAGAUGCGCAAGGCGCGUGACUACAUACUGUUCCGCUUUACGAAAUGUGAUAAACUAGAGCGACACCAUCUUGCCAUCAUCACGCAACUGCCGGUCGAGGAAAUUCGCGAAAUACUGUGCUCGGUGGCAAAGUUAAACCCAGCCGAGCGCUGCUGGAGUUUACUGCUGCCACCGAACGAAAGCUUUGGCGUGGAUGAGCAGGAGAUUAGCGAACGGCAGAACGCCUUUUGGAUGGCCCGUGCAGACAAGUUCGGCGAGAUGGAGCGCAACACCCAUGCGGCAACCACGAAACGCGUGCGGAAACGUUCACAACGCGAUAGUGGUUCCGGUGGAGCGUUCCUCGGUACGGUUGCCAACACUGGGCUAGCCAGUCCCGCAGGAAACGCCUCCAGUAUCCCUUUCAAUCGGCAACUUUCGAACGGUUAACCGCCUAACGGUCCUACUAGCGCCAAGUGCGUACUGUACAGACAAACACACGAACAUAUUUCUAAGCCAUGUUGAAGCGCAGCGGUAUGAUUACAAUCAUUAUUAGUUUCUAUUUUUUUUUAUUUAUAUGAAAUACACAGUCUGCACCCAGUUUUCGAAAACAAA